AUGGUGAAAGAAAAGAAAAAAGUGGACAAAAAAGGAGAUAAGUCAGCGCGCUCUCCCUCCUCCAUUUCUGAUAACCCAGAAGCCCCUAAACAAGAUAGCAAUGCCAGUAAGCAAGACGUGGCCCCCAGUGCUGUUGUCCCAGUCUUGGAAACGCCACUCAAACAAGCCCCCAAAAGAGACUCGGCACAAGUAGAACAGAGUGAAGAGGAGACUCAGUAUGAAGAGCCCAUCCUGACCAAACUCAUAGUGGAAAGCUAUGAAGGGGAGAAAGUCCGUGGACUGUAUGAGGGAAAAGGCUUUGCUGUCUUUCAAGGCGGAAACACCUACCACGGUAUGUUUUCAGAAGGACUGAUGCAUGGACAAGGGACUUACAUUUGGGCUGACGGAUUGAAGUAUGAGGGAGACUUUGUGAAGAAUAUGCUCAUGAACCACGGCGUGUACACAUGGCCGGACGGCAGCACGUAUGAAGGAGGGGUGUUCAAUGGCCUGAGGAAUGGAUUUGGUAUGUUCAAGUGUGGCACACAGCCCGUGUCCUACAUCGGCCACUGGUGUCAGGGCAAGAGACACGGGAAGGGCUCCAUCUAUUACAAUCAAGAGGGGACCUCUUGGUAUGAAGGAGACUGGGUAUACAACAUCAGAAAGGGCUGGGGAAUAAGAUGCUACAAAUCAGGAAACAUAUAUGAAGGGCAGUGGGAGAACAACAUGUGCCAUGGGGAAGGCAGAAUGCGGUGGCUCACAAAGAACGAGGAGUACACGGGCCACUGGGAGAAGGGGAUCCAGAAUGGCUUUGGAACAUACACAUGGUUCCUAAAGAGAAUCCCCAACUCGCAGUAUCCCUUGAGAAAUGAAUACAUAGGAGAGUUUGUAAAUGGCCUGCGUCAUGGAAAAGGGACAUUUUACUACGCCAGUGGAGCCAUGUAUGAGGGAGAGUGGGCUUCCAACAAAAAGCAUGGCAGGGGCAGAAUGACCUUCAAGAAUGGCCGUGUGUAUGAAGGUCUGUUUUCCAAUGAUCACAUUGCACAGCUCUUUGAAACUGAAACUGAUCACUCACACAGCCUGGAGUGUUGUUCAGAUGCCUCGCAAAGGAGCCCGCAGCCUCGGGGGUCUUCUGUCAGUGCUGUCAGGGAGCCUGAGACCCUGCGGAAGUUGGAUGGCAGCGAAAGCCGUUCUGUGCUAGGAUCCAGCAUUGAGCUGGACUUAAAUCUGUUGCUGGACAUGUAUCCCAAGGAAAGCCAGGAGGAAGAAAAGAAGCAGGUGGAAUAUGCAGUCCUAAGGAACAUCACAGAGUUAAGAAGGAUCUACUGCUUCUACAGCGGCCUUGGGUGUGACCACUCUCUGGAUAACACCUUUCUGAUGACAAAGCUUCACUUCUGGAGAUUUCUGAAAGACUGUAGGUUCCAUCACCACAUCACUCUUGCAGAUAUGGACAGGGUAUUGAGUGUCUAUAAUGGCAUCCCAAUCGAAGAAAUCCACUCUCCAUUCAGAACCAUACUCUUGAGAACCUUCCUGAAUUACCUCCUGCAGCUGGCUUACUACAUCCAUCACAAGGAGUACCAGAACAGAAGCCCAUCGCUCUUCCUGUGUUUUACAAAACUGAUGUCUGAGAAUAUUCACCCACAUGCCUGCCAGGUAAAAGGUCACUUAUUCAGUGAGCAACAGCGGACACUCUACUCAAUGAAUUACAUCGAUAAGUGCUGGGAGAUUUAUACAGCCUAUUGCAGAACCAACGAAGCCCCACCCUAUGAGCUGACGAUGAAGAUGAGAUAUUUCCUCUGGAUGCUGAAAGACUUUAGGAUGAUAAAUAAGGACCUAACUGCGACCAAAUUCAUGACUGUGAUAGCGGAGGACAACCCUUUCGUGUAUGACGGAACUGACAGCAACUUUGAGGUUGAGCUGGUCUUCCUGGAAUUCUUUGAAGCCCUCUUAUGCUUCUCCCUCUGCUGCAAGUUUGACCAGAUGACUAGAUCCUAUUUGAAAGUCCCGUACGACGACACCACUACAAACCGAUACGGCAGCACUCAGACGAUACUCAACCAGGGCGUCCACAGAAGCCCGAGCGCAAUCACGAGCCAUGACUCCGAAGUCCACUGCAGCAGCACCAAGUCGUCCUUAGACAAGACAGGAGCUCUGCCUGAUGGUAAAAUCAGGCAGUCAGAGCCCAAGCUCAAGAAGUCGCUGAGUGAGGACAAAGUCUCCAAAAUGAACUUCAAGACUCAAGGAAGAGGCCUGGUGUUUAUGACUCCACACGAGAAAUACGAAAAGCCCAAAGAUGAACAGAAAGAGGAACUCAACAUAUGGGUGAACAACCUCUAUGUCUUCUUUGUAAGUGUGCUCUUCAGUGCCUACAAACGAGAAGAGAUGCUCAAGGAGAAGGUGAAGGAGCAUCGGCGUCAGGAAGCAGAGAUGGCUCAGCAGAGGCAGAUAGAGAACGAAGAACUAGAAGCCAGGCUGAACAGCCUACGGGAAGAGGAGGCUAGGAAGCAAGACUUUGAGCCUGACAUCACAGUGCUCAAGGAGCCGUUGGAGAUCCCAGCCUCUCAGCCUCUCACGCCCAGCUCCCCUAAAGAGGACCUGGCUUCCACCCAGACUAGCAAGGCCAGCCCUGGCAAGAAGAAGAAGAAGUGA